ACUGAGCCUAUGCUUGCUAACAGCCAAAACAGAUGCGUAGGAAGCAAAACGCUCUCAACGUUUACGUCCAGGAACUGAUGUUGCCGUGAAAAGAAACCCUUACAACUUCUCCAGCGGACUGAACACAAGACAUCAGGAUGUUGUCAAAGAAGGGGGAGCAGAGGUCCUUCAGCAACAGGCAGCUGAGAGACCAAUGGGAGAAGAGAGUGCAAACCAUAGAAGACAAGUGCAAAAAGGAAGAACUGAAGGAGAAAAGUUCCCUCAAACUGCUUUGCUCAAAGUGGAAUUAUCACUGGUCUCUGGGGGCCACUGGAGACACAAGCUCAGAACAGGCAGAAAAACCCCAGCCAAAAAUCAAAUUCAAAAUUGUACCACCUCCUCCUCCCAAACCCAUAACUAAGCCUACUCCAGCACCUCCUCCCAAGAGGACACCAUCUCCCAAACCUCUUAAGUUCAAGCGUAAAGUGGAAGUGGAUGUAUUCCGGUUAUGCUGGAAAGAAUCUUGGAUGAACGUGAAACCACCAAAGUAUCUUUUUCUCAAAGCCAAAGAGUCGAAAGCAAUCAUACAAGGAUUUACAACCAUAGAACUGGUCAACAACAAGGUGUCCAAACUUUUGGGAUACGCACCACAGCCCGAAUGUACAUCCACUGGUGAUUGGAGUCAGUCAUGGAAGCAGGUGAAGGUUACAAGCCUGACAGAGCGGUCUGGAGAGAAACUAUGGUAUAUUAUUUAUACCAGAAAUGUGAUCCCGAGUCCAGAAAUAGAAGUAUAUGCACUUCCUGUCUGGGCCGGCACCUGGAAAAUUAUGAACUUCGCCUUCAGACAACAGAAAGAAGAGUGGGAUCACGUCUGGCCUGAUUUCCAACAAAAAAGUCACAGCAUGUUGAGCAAGGCACACGAGCUGUUGGAACAGGAUGAGCCGUCGGGAUGGACAGACUCAUGGAGGCUCUCAAAACCUCCAGUUCCUGCUGAAGAUUGUACGCUCGCGGAGCUCAGCGCUGAAAUGAUGAAGAUCCAUGAGGUGUUCCUGCCUGGGUGGGACCAGUCCUGGCUCAUCUCUGAAAUUCCUCUGCAGGAAAAGGAAGAGUGUGAGAAGAGCUGGGGAUGUUGGAGUUACAGGCAACAGAUCAGGUGGUGCAUGACUUCACUACAAAGCCAAACGAAACACAACAACAUGCUGACAAGGAGACGUGACAUUCUCAACUUUCUCCUCACAUCAAAACUGCAUCUUGCAAUGAAUGAUGCCGCUGAAUGGUCAGAUUGUUGGAAGACCCAGAAAAGAUGGACCCCACCUUACCAGGAGGUCCUGGAUGAGGGCUUGGGUGACGAAGAUGACGAAAUGUUCAACGACACGGAGGAUGAGGACGGAGUGGACAGUGAAUGGUCAGAUGACGAGGAAGAAGAGGAGAAAAUAGGCCAAAUGCAAGAAGAAGAGAGAGAGAGCGACAUACAUGUAGAGGAGGAUGUGGGAGUUGAUGGGGAAGAGGAAAGGGAUGGCGAUAGUGAAGAAGGCAGAGAAGAAAAGAUUGAAAAAGAUGAUUAUGAAAAUGAUGAGACGGAAGAAGAGGAAGAUGAUCAGGCCGAUGGGGAAGAGAUUGAUGAAGAGGAGGAGGAUAAUGAAGAGCUGGAAGUAGAAAAUGAGGCAGACGAUGAGGGAAAGGGGAAGAAAAAUGACGUCUAUGGGGAACAUGAGGACAAUGGAAUGACUGAAGAGAAGAUUAAUGACAAAUACAACAAAGAGAAGGAGAAAGGGGAAGAACAGAGGAGCAAGAAACGAUGCAUGGAGGAGGAGGUAUUUCUUGGGCAGGAAGAGAAUAAUAGAGUGGACACAGAUGAGGAAGUGGUGAAUGGAGUGGAGGAAGAGGAAGAUGAGUUGGAUGUUGACGAUAAAGUGAACAUGGAGGAGAUUCAAACGGAGGAACGAAUUCAGCCUGAGGUACUCCGAAAAGACCGAGAGGCAAAUCUUUACAGGGGAACGAGACAAGAGGGGGAUGGAGGAGAGGAGGAUGACACUGAAGAGGAAGAUGGAGGAUGGGGGGAUGACACUGAAGAGGAAGAUGGAGGAGAGGAGGAUGACACUGAAGAGGAAGAUGGAGGAGAGGAGGACAAAGGGGACGGGGUUGAAAAGGACGAGAGGAAAGAAACUGAGGAAGAGGACGUCCAGGAGGAGGAAGAGGAAAGUGAAGAGGAAGUAGAAGGUGAUGAAGAAGAAAAACACCAGAAUGACAACAUAGAGAAAGAUGUAGUAGAAAAUGAAGAAAAGGAUGAGAAAGAGGAUGAAGAAUGGCAUGAUUGUGUCAGCAAACACACGGAAGAGGACACAGAAGACUUGGGAGUCAUGAACUAUAAUGUUGAUGAUGAGGAGGAAGAUGAAACUGUAGGAGAGGAGGAGGAGGAUGCCGAUGAUGAGGAUGACGCUGAUGAUGAAGACGAUGAUGAAAAAGAAAGAUGCCCCAAAACAGAAGAAGACGACAAUGAAAGCAACGAAGUGGACGAACAAGAGGAGGAAGAGGACGAAGAACUUAAAGCUGCAGAGAUGAUGAACACAAACCACCAAGAAGAACAAGAGGAAGACUUAUCGCAGGUGCCGCUGCAUUUGCAGUUCCACAAAGUCAGCGCCUCCUUCUCCUCCUGGAAGAAGUCUUGGAUUGUGGCAAUGGCUCACAGAGUGGGGGAUGACGAUGAGGACGAGGAAAACCAGACGGAGGGGCAAGAGGCGGUGCGAGCUUGGAGAGAAUCAUGGAGGAUCUGCCGCCUGGAGAAGGCAGACGAGGAUGAGGUGUUGUGUUUCUCCAGCAGGCAUCGGAGUGCGAGACACGACACAUUGUUCCUUGAGGACGACGACUUGCUGAAGGGGGAAUGGACUCUUAGUUGGAAGACAACCAAGAAGAGUAAUGACACUAAACAAGAAGAUGAAAAUGGUUCAUGA